AUGAACUGUGGGAAGACCAACCAGCACGGCCGCAUGGAGUAUGGAUCUGCUUUGCGGCAUCGAGAUCCGCGAUCUUGUCUCAUCGGCGCCCUCGCGUUCUGGCUUUUCUGGCGCUGGCAGGUAGAAAAGGCGGAAAGGUUUCCCGUCUUCCAAGCGAAGACUGGUAUGAAACGAAGGUGCUCCGCCGAUCGGCGAAGGAGCCUCAAGGGUGCAUCGACCCUUUCACUCACCGAAUAUACAGCUCCGUUGUCGGGCCAGACUGCCCGAGAAUGGACGUCCAGGUUCUACAAGAAGGCCGGCAUCAAGGUCUCCAAGGUCAGCCACGCGCCUAGAGUGGCCGCGACGCAAAACGCCGACAUGGCCGGGUGGAUGAAGGCCAGGCAUGUCAUCUGCCCUAGGCAAGCCGCCAACCCCCUGGCCUGGGCUGACCCGAACUAUACAGAUCCGCCGAGCCGGUCGUUGGAAUAA